GGAGACGCCACGUGGCGCGAGUGGAGCGGACGCCCGACGCGGGCCGUGUUUUCCCUCGCACCGCGUGCCCCCGCGCUCGCGGCGCAGCCCACCGUGCUCCACCGCCUAUCGCUGCGCGUCGGGCCCGCCGUGCUCCACCGUCUCUCCCUCGUGGGGCCGCAGUUCAGGACCCGUGCCCCGCCUCCACGGGACGGCGCGGCUUCUUGCUGCCCCCCUUUCCUCCUCUUCAUUUGGUGGCGGCGGUCUAGGGUUUCGGAGGGGGGCGAUGCCAGUCCGCGUAGCCCUGCUUCGGUCGAGGAUUCCGCCGGCGGCGAGCGCACACCCGGCCGGUGCGUCCAUCCUCCAGGCGCCCUCCCACAGCCCACGCGACCCCAGCAUUUUCCUCUGCUCUCGCCACGGCUGCGUUGGUGCGUCUUCCUGGUGCCGCUGAUUCAACCGUCUUCCGUUCGCCGCCUGCCCUGCCUACAUUGGUUUGCUAGGUGCCAGGCAGUUGGACGCAUUGCCGUUGCUCAUCCCCUCCUGCAACGCGCUGCCGCUGGCCAUCUCCUUCUGCAGGUUGUCAGGUGUGCGCUCGGCUUCUUAGUGUGCACCUUAGCCAUGCUUCAUACCACUUGCUGUAUAGGUUCAUAGAAUCGCAAUAUGAAUGGUUAAUUUGAGUUUAUAUGUUAACAGUGGCAGGAGUAGAUAAUUUGGAACAAUAUACAGCAAACUUUAUGGUUACUUUUUUAUAAUACAGACGCUGGUAAUUUAGGCGUAUAUUUGAAGGGUGAUUUUAGUUUAUCUUUAUAGUGGUCAAGGUGUGUAAUAUGGAUGCAAAUCAAGGGGUUAUUUAGAUCAUCUAUUAUGAUGACAACAGUGAAUAAUAGUAUAUGUAUAUUUGCGAUCGUGUUGUGGUUCUGUUCUGGUGAUCCAUGUGUGACGUCCUGACAUAUCACCGGGCCUGCGUGCCUGUUAUCGGGCCUAAGAGCCCAUGUCUAUUCGGCCCACAGGCCAAGACUAUGUAAGUGAAACCUGACUCUAGGGGGAGGACAUCGAUAAUCAGAAAACCUAAACACCUCUCUCGUUCUUCCUCUGUUCCGUCCGGCGUGCUUCCGCCACCGCUUGCCGAGCGUGACGCCGGUAGUUAUUUGGCUCGUGACAUUUGGUUAUCAGAGCAAGGUUCGAUUGCGGAUUCGUGGAGCAGGCCCUAAAAUCCCAUCGCGAUUUCUUGAUUUGGGGGCAAAUUUUGGGGGGGGGGGGGAUUUUUCUCCUGAUUUGCUCUCGAUCUUGUGGAUUUCGGCGUGGUUGGCCGUGCGAUGCGAGCAAUUUAACCGAGCUUAUUAGCCCCGACAAGCAACCAACCAUCACCAGCCACACCCUCUCCAAUCCACCAUAAAUCCCCAAUUCCCCUCCCGCAUAUCCACCAAUGGCGCGUGGUCGAGGACCCACCCUCAGCGCGGAUGACGAAGACAGAGGACGAUCUGGCGGCGGUGACCUCGCGUGUCGCAGCCGUCGAAGACAAGUUCGACUCCAUCGACAAGAAGCUGGACAAGCUGGAUAACCUCCUCACGCUCAUGGAGGGGUUCAACCGAUGGUGCCCAUCGGUGGACAAGGGACUCCUGGACGCCUACCAGUCCGUGAGAGACCUGACGUCGCGUGUGGAGACGCUGGAAUCACAUCCGGUUCUCGUCUCCACCAAUGCACCGACGCGCGAGGAAGAGGUGCAGGCCAACGGCCACCGUCCACUACAGAAUCACCAGGGUCGUGAUGCCGGGGCUCUUGCCCUGCAUCCUGCCCUGGUCACGGGUGAGCAUCCCCUGCCGGACCAGCCCUAUUGUAAUCCUACUGUGAAUUUGCCUUUGUCACCACACACUAAGGAGUACCGUUUGCCCAAAACUGAUUUCCCUAGAUUCGAUGGCAUAGAUCCUAAAUUGUGGAAAGAUAAGGCUGAGAAGUACUUUCGUUUGUUUAAGGUCCCUGCACAUAUGUGGUCUCCUUUUGCCACCAUGCACUUUAACACUACAGCUGCUAGGUGGUUGCAAACAUAUGAAGCACAACACUCUGUUGAAACUUGGGCUGAGUUGUGUGUAGCUUUAGUCAAUAAGUAUGGUAAAGAUAAUUAUCACCAUCACAUGAAGGACAUCUUGCAGUGUCGUCAAACUGAAGAUGUCACUUCUUACCACACCACUUUUAAUGAAUCUAUGCAUAAAGUCCUCAUGCAUAAUGAAGCUCUAGAUGAUAUUUUCUUUGCCACCAAAUUUGUGGAAGGGCUAAAGCCACAGAUUCGAAAUGCAUUAAUGUUACAUAAGCCGAGAACUGUUGAUGCGGCUUUGUCACUCGCCCUUAUGCAGGAGGAGAUGCUGGAGCAUAAUCAGAAGCGUUAUUCUGUCAGAAAUGCAAGACAUUAUACUGGUGGUGGUGUUAAUCCUGAGAGACCCUCAUCAUCAGCGGAUAAGGGUGUUUUAGGGGCUGCACCUACAGAGGAAAAAUCAUCAGCUAAACCCCAGGGGGCUUCUAAAUUUGAUUCUCUCAGAGCUCAGCGGAAGGCGAGAGGAGAAUGUUUCAAGUGUGGUGCCAAGUAUGGACCCAAUCACAAGUGUCCCAAACAUGUACCCUUGCAUGUACUGGAGGAAUUGUUGGAAGUGAUUCAGAUAGAUCAGGAAGAUGAUCACUCAGAAGCAAGUACUCAUAGCAGCGAUGAGGACAAUCUGAUGAGUUUGUCUCACUGGGCAGCUGCUGGAACUAUGGGCAAGAAAACCAUACGUUUGCAGGGCCAAAUCGGGGGCAAGGAAAUUCUGAUUUUAGUGGAUUCAGGCAGCUCUUCCAAUUUCAUCAGUGAAACUCUUGCUCAGCAACUGAAGUGUCCAUUGGCGGACAUCCCUGUUACAGCUGUCACAGUGGCCAAUGGUGGUAAAUUAACAACAUCCAAAGUAGCUCCUGCUCUGUCCGGGUGGACACAAGGACACACCUUCACCACAAACUUGAAACUGCUCAACAUACAGUGUUAUGACAUGAUUUUGGGCAUGGAGUGGCUAGAGGAAUUUAGUCCCAUGUGGGUGGACUGGAAGAGGAAAUCCAUCAGAUGCACACAUCAUAGUAAAAGAAUCACCCUGCGGGGAGUCAAGGAUAAUACAACAUCAUGCACCAAGCUUUCGUCCAAGAAAUUGCAAGGUAUUUUGCGGAUGGGUAAUUUUGCACAGCUGGUUCAACUGUGUGCAGUAGCUGAACAACCACAAGAUGCUGCUAUUCCAGCUGCCAUACAGUCAGUUCUGGACUCUAACAAGGAUUUAUUCAAAGAACCCACUUCUCUCCCACCCAAGAGGGUGUUUGAUCAUCAGAUUGAUCUGCUGCCUGGAACAAAACCGGUGAACAUCAAGCCAUAUCGGUACUCCCCCACUCAAAAGGAUGAGAUUGAGCGCCAGAUCACUGAGAUGCUGAACAAUGGGGUAAUAAAGCCGAGCACCAGCCCUUUCGCAUCUCCAGUCCUUUUGGUGAAGAAGAAAGACGGUACAUGACGCUUUUGUAUUGAUUACCGC